CCAUUAUUAAUCAGCAGUUAAUUACUAAGUGUUAUGCCCUGAAGAAUAUUUUUUAGUUCUUUGUAACACCUUGUUGCACAAUACAAACAAUUCGAGACCUUUAACAGCGGAAUAAGAUUUAAAUUUGAUGUUAUAUGUGGAAUUUAUUUGAAGUGGCGGAUUAUUGUCAAUAUGGUGAAUGAAUAAGAUGAUACAUCAAUGGAAACAAGACGAGGCAUUGAACUUACAUCGACAAUUAACCAAGAACAAUAGUAAUACCUGGUGAUAUGGGAACAAGCUUUAGUGUACUCUGUAAUAAUAAAAGAUCUGUGGUGGUCGUUUCUGCGAGCGUCCAAAACAUAAAGCAAGAAGAUGUAAAUGACAAUAUCAUAACGUCGCCUCGGAAGUUACAUCCAUGCGAGUCACGUGACUCUGGUAUAGAAAAUGAGAUUCCACACGGACUCCCCGGCUUCAGUAGCGUAGAUGGCGAAAAUAAUAUAAUCGACGAAGAUGCAGAUGGCGACGACGAGUCGUCUGAUGAUGACAUCCUUCCGUGUGAAAUUACCAAAGUUUCUCGGCCUCACUCGUGUCGACUCGGUACCCGAUCCUCGUCUCGCAAAAAGCCUGAUGAUAUAGUAUUAGCAGAGGACAAAUUAGUAAAAAUUUUGAGAAAUGGUAAGACUGGAAAUAAUUCGUCAGAUGAAAACGAACAGGACAUUGAACGAGAGGACAGUUUCUAUGGGGACACAAAACAAAAUAUUAAAUCAGAGCUCAAAUUUCAAGACAAAAGAACUAAGGUUAGUAGGUUAAAAAGUGGCAAAGACACAAAUGGCGCCACGGUGAUUGGAGAUCUUAAUAGCUCGUCCGGGGAAUCCAGUGACGGUGAAAUGUGGGUUAUUCCGGAUGAAACAAUUGAUCAGUCUAGGAAGUCGUCACAAAGAAAAGGCUGGGUAAGCCAAGAUGACGCUUUGGGUGAUGAAUCGGAAUCUAUAACCCUAACGUCACGAUCGCAAAACGGACUGGACUAUUACAGAAUAGUAAGUGACAGUUACCAACGCUAUGAUGCACAUAUCAUGAAGAAAGCAAGCGAGAUGUCUAUAUCCAGCAUCUUACUAAUGCCGAGUGAUGGCUUAAUAUCGCCUACUAACACGGAAUUGGAUGAACCUAUUAACAGUUUGCCUUUUCACCUGCAAAGGAAAAUGGACGACUUGGUGACGAUGUUUAUGAAUUCACUCCGUGAAAGACGACGAAAAGGAAGACUUACUCAGUCAGAAUAUGAGGGUAUAAUGAAGAACCUACGGAAUCAGCUGGUGGCUUUUGUCUUCACUUGUAUAAAUAACGACUCAACACCCAGGAUAGAAGUCACGAAUCUAAAGGAUAUCAGAUUAGAGCUGAAUAAUAAUUCACGGUCGGAAUCCAAAACUUUGUUUUCGGAUAACCCUUGGGCUGUCCAGAUAAAUUUGCAUUCAUCAGAUGAGGAGAUUCUUCAAACUUCCGAGAAGCAAUUGGCUAAGCGACUUGUUAAGAAAGGUGUUAAUAUAAGUAAAGAAGAUAUUGCAUGCUUGUUGGGCGACCAUCUCAGAACCAUAGAACAACUUCAACAUGUGAGGGAUUCGGGAAGAUUGCAUACGUCCGAGACCAAUCAAGAUACAAAACAGAGACUAUUAUCUGCUCCUUCCUCCCGCAAAGAUAAUCCAAACAAUAAUAAAAGGAAGAAACCGCCACCUACUGCCCAUCCUAAAUUAAAUAAUAAUCAAAAGUCCAAAGCUUUAAGUGACACUAAACCUAACUUAUUGAACAGUGCCAAAAAUAAAAAGGUAAAUAAACCCAAAGGAAGCUUAAAAGGUAAUGCAGUGUGUCCAGUUGUUUUAGACAGCAGUGAUACUGAAAGUACGAUAGAAAAUAGCAGUGACUGUGAUACACCCAAAGCAAUGAUUCACUCUGACUCAACCGACACAAAAACAUACUGGAUACAACCAUCCACAAUUGACAAUCAAAACCAAGCUGCCGAUGAAGCAUUUACAUCUCUUAAUGCACCAAUGUUUACUGAUCAAAAGAGCAACCAAUCAAAACCUUAUAAUUCUGUGCUGAAGAAAACAAAUGGAACAGACUCUUGUACUAAUUCUAAGGUUUUAAAGAAAAGCACAUCUGAUGUCGAUUUAGAAAAACUACAACAUGCAAAUUCACCAGUAAAGGUAUCGAAACUAAAGAAAAGCAUUUCACUGGAUGAACAGAAAUUGCAGUGUACACUUCCACCUAAUUUGACUAAUGAAGAAGCAGUAGUGGCCACAGAGUUGUGUCAAGUGUUCUGGAGCAGGCGUCAAAGUCAGUCAGUAUCAGAGUACUGUCAGCUGAUAAAGACAGCGAGAGAAGAUUUCAUAUUACAGUAUGGCCAUUACUUCAAAGAGUUGAUUAAGGAUACAACCAGUAAGGGGAAACAAGGUGGUCAAGAAGCAACACCUGCUGAAAUUGAACUGGAAUUAAAGCGACUUGACCACAGCUUCACCAAAGACAUCCUAGAGAAGCUAGACAAAAAUGUCGUGACCGAGGAUAUUUUGGAAAAACUUAUUAUUAUACACAUGAGGAAAACAAGUUGCGUUACCGUUCAGACCAUCAAGGUUGCGGAAGCACCUUUAUCAAGAACGCAUAGUUUAACUGAUGCCAUAGACCCAAGACAAGAUGGGUUCAUCAAUAGUGCAGGAAGCACCAUCAGUCGGAAAAGUGAGCCGGACAUGCGGAAAUGGUCGAAAAAAGACGGAUUGGGAUCUAACAAUUCCGAUGAUAUUUGGGGAGAAGUGGAAAAAUACCAAAGAGCUAAAUCAGCACGCUCAAGAGUGUCCACGGGGAAACGCCGACCAGGAACGAUACAAGUGAUUGGGAUUUCUCCAAUGGAACCUUUAAGUGAAGGCAUGGAGGAUAAUAAUCUUACAAAAGUGGAAGAGACGGAGGGUAAAUUCAGCGUAAAAAGUCGGCCAGACAGUGGUAUCGCUGUGAGCAUGUCUUCUGGUAGUUACUCUAGUUACUCAAGUUCAGAUACGGCCAAGGAACCAAGGGAUGAUAUUGACGAAGCCUGUCAUUCUGAAAUUCCUGAUGUUUUAUAUGAUAGAGUAGAAAAUGUUAAACCUGAAGCCUUCAACGACAUCAAAAGUCUUGUUGCUGGAAUAACAAAGGAUCUGACAUCUACUGAGACGAAAGCUAUGGCGUUAUACCAGUGGCUUGUUAGGAUAAGUUUCGAUAAGUACACAAAAACUACGAAACGAAUAAGUACGCCAUGUGCUAAACUACGCCAGAUAGUAGACAAGAAACUCAGCUAUGCACAAUUCUAUCAGGAUUUAUGCAAGGCUGCUGGAAUUAAAUGUGAAAAGGUCGAAGGUUAUGUUAAAAACAAAGACUAUCUUCCGGGAAAUACAGUGCAAUCAUCUAAAUUUUUACAUACGUGGAAUGCAGUGAGCAUUGAUGGACAAUUCAGACUUGUUGAUCCUUGUUUCGGAGCAAGAAAAGAGAAAUAUUUCAUUGAUCAUUAUUUUGCAACAUCACCAGACGAUUUAAUAUUAUCCCACUUUCCAAAGGAAAAGAGAUGGAUGCUAAUGAAUCAGUCUUUAUCAGUAGAAGACUUUGAAGGGACAGUCAAAACAUGGCCGGCAAUGUUUCAUUUUAAUAUCCGACCGUUAAGUAUGAAAUCUGUUAUUCGGACUUACGAUGGUAAACUAAGUGUGACUGUAUUACUUAGAGGCGUGGCUGUAAUACCAGUGUUAGAGUAUUCUGGCCCUGGUGCAGAGUUAGACGCUGACUCACUUCGAGACAACAUUGAUGAAGAAAUUCGAGACUCGGACAAUGCCGAGACAUUCCACAUUACAUUGCCACAAGAAGGAAAUUAUUACUUUACUUUAACAGCACAUAUUAUGAAAGAAAACAGAGAUGUGCCUGUAUUUCAACAUCGUAUAGAAUACGUUGAUGAAUUGUUAUGAGAUUGUGUACGUGCAUAAAUCUUGAUGUUUUAUAUUUGGUGUUAAUUAACUCAAUUUGAAUGCAAAUGUUGAAAUUUAAUCAGCAUGUCACUGAUUUCGUACAAUUUUCCUUAUUGAGAAUGUAAUUUAAUAGCGUAAUUGAUUACCAAAAGUAUAUAAUUUCAUACGUGAUGCCAUAAAUAGAGACUGUCAUUAUAGAAAGCUAGAGAGAGGGUAAAAGUUUUAUUUUUAGGUCUUGUUGUGGAAUGUGUUUAGGUGCCAUAUCAUUACCAUUCUAAUUGUUUUAUAAUUUGAAUAUAAAAUUUAAGUUGUCUACAAAUGGUUGUUUUUAUGAAUAAUGAUUUAUUUUAUGUUAUGUUUAUCUCGUCAGAAAAACAUUGUACAAUCAAAAGAUAGUGUGUGCAAUGUUACCACCACAUUUUAAUGUUUUUAAAUUUCAAUGAAGUUACAAAGUAAAAGAUAUUUAGAGUAAUGCAAGAUGGUAAAUGAAUUGUACUUAAGUUAAAUAAAAACACGUGAUUGAUAAUAUAAGCGAGCUAUCUCUCUUGCAACAAUUGGGUAUCUGGGUCACCCAUGUUGUCAGGAUAUGUUAGAUCCAAUACAGAUAAAGGACAGGAAAGCAGUCUUAUUGCGCAUAUUGCUAGCUCCCUCAGUCAAUGAAAGCAAAUUGAAAAGACAAUAAAAAAUCGUACACAUUGAAACAUUAACUUGUGCAAGCAUUAUUCAAAAUCUUAUUUGUAUUGAGAUGUUUCCAUAUUUAACAUUGAACACUGUAUGUAAUCGUAUAGCGUGUGUGAUGCAAUACUGUUCCUUGUCCACUGAUUUCGUCCAUUUCCGUCUGUGGUCGGUACUGUAAACGGAAAUUGCCGAUUAUUAUCGAUGGACUGUCCUCUGGUAGUCAUUAUUAUAUAUACCUACCUCGUUUGUUAUUUAACAUCUUAUGUAGAUAGUUUAUAAAUAUGGUGGAAUAGGGAAAAAUUUCAAAAUAUUUGAGUAGACAUUCAAACUUUUAACUAUUCUUUAUAAUAAAUUUUCAAGAUUUGCUUUAUAUAUUCUUCCCCUUUACUUUAUAAUAAUUCCUUUAAAAUGAGAUUGUCCUAGCUUGCAAUCUUGACUGAAAAAGUCUUGGUUGUGGUCAAGACUUAUGAUAUCUGAAACGAGUCAUUUAAAAUGAAAAAAAAUGCUUCAAAUCAACACGAUACAAGCAUUUCUCUCUGUAUAAACUUUUGUUUUGUGUUAACUACUAGUACCCUAUUCUACCAUAUUUUUGUUAGCGUUUGUUUGUGUUGUAUCAGCCCAAAUCAAAAGUUUGAAGGCUGGGACAUACCAUAUCAGUAUUGACAUGUAGCAAGUGCUCUUACGUUAUGUUUGUAUUAGGUUUAGAACUUCCGCAUUUAAUUUAUUGUUACAUUUUAUCAUUGUUAUCAUUAUCGAAAGUGCUACUGCUGUUGGGAUAUAAUCUCAUAAAAAAAUCACAGUACUCAUCUUUCUGUAUUUCAUUUCCUUAUUACAAAAAUGAAUCCCAGUGUUCUGGAUUUAUCUCGAAAUUUAACAAAUCGUUCUUUUGUUAAAAAAAAAGGAUGAACAAUUUACUCCCCUUCUCACUAGUCAAGUUUUGAUAUAACUACUUCAUAUGAUUUGAUUUUCUGAUGUAAACUUGUUUAUCGAAAUUUCAAAAAAUAUAACUUUAAAUUUUGGUUUGAAAACAGAUGAAAAAUUAUAUCUUUUUUAAAUGUUUUAUUUUACCUGGAAACAAGCUACAUGUAUGACAGUUUUGUGCUGUUCCAUUUCAUUUGAUGUUUUAACAAUGGAAUCUGUAUUUGAUAAGAGUUCUCGUGAGUUAGUAUCUUAAAUUAAUAAUAAGUUUGAAGAUUUUUUUAAAAAGUAUUUUGAAUUUGCUUAAUCUAGGUAAAAACUGAAAUUUUCUUCAAAUUAAAUAAAAUAUAACUGUUUCACACAAAUAUCUGUAUGUUGUAAUUUUAUUUUCUCAUGAAUCUUAAAACUGUUCAUUGUUGCCAUGGUAAUCAGCAUUACUGUUUGACAGUAACAAUCAGACACCGUCCAUUAUACAAACUGUGAUAUAAUAUUUUGUCAUUCAAUAUGUAUUCAUUUUUUAUAAAUUAUAUUGUUGCUUAAAUAAAAACAUCAUCAAAAUA